AUGAAUGAGUUAGUGAGUAAAUGCCUACAGUUUUAUCUGACUGUAGAGGGUGUCAUGAUAUACUGGUUAAGGAAGAUUGAAUUCUUUAAGCAAUAUACAAAUGAUCCUCUGAGUGCACGUAUCACUUUAUUCCUUGUUGUAAUGGGAGGGUUUGCGCUUAUUAAUGAGCUAUACAUUACUAUUCAAAUGAGCGCAUUACAGAUGGAUACUUGGGAACAACUUAACAACACCAAGCUUGAUGAAGACUUUAUUAGAAACCAUAAGUUCAUUCAUGACGAUUCAUACCACGCCACGGAAUGGUUGGAUGAGAAGUCGGGUCUAAUAAUCGAAGAAUUUGAAUCGAGAGAAAAGUUCUUUGCUAAGCCAGUACACGUAGCCCACAUCUAUGUUAAAUGCCAGGUUAUUGAUUCGGAGACGGAAACUCCGUUAUUGAAAAAUCCAAUCACAUUCCAUAUUGAGUUCUCUCCAGAAGAAUUCGAGAGUGAGAAAAGACCAGAGUUUGGUUGUACUUUACGCCUUCUUAGAUCAAAGCUGUAUCAUUUCUUCAAAGAUGGUGAUUUCUUUGAUAAUUCCAAGUACGCUGAUAAACCAUUCACAAUUACGAAAAAUGUUAAAAUUUAUAAUACUAUGAAAGAACUGCUUCCCACUAAUAUGGAUGAUAUCCAACUUUGUUUCCUUAAAAUGGAAACAGGUAGUACUAUUACGUGCGAGUUUAUUCUAUAG